AAUGUUCAGAACGGAUAUCCGCUUUGUACUGUAGCUAGCUUGAUAACUGCUGCUGCAUCGACCUUGGUGGCUAGCUCAGGAUGGCAGGGAAUACGUGGAGGUCAGCGAUUCUUAAUCUACUAAGACAGUGGGGUUUAUCGGUCAAAGACAAGGAUAAAAUCAAGGCAGAGGAAGUGGCACGGGUGGUUGGAGCUCUGCAGAGAGAGACUCCACAACCCAGGACGUUCAUCCGUGGGAUGCAUACUGUUACUUUAAUCCCUGGUGAUGGAAUUGGUCCAGAGAUCUCCACUGCUGUCAUGAAGAUAUUUGAAGCAGCUCAGGCACCUAUUCAGUGGGAAGAGAGAAAUGUUACAGCCAUCCAAGGACCUGGUGGCAAAUGGAUGAUUCCUCCAGAUGCCAAAGAAUCGAUGGACAGGAACAAAAUUGGCCUAAAAGGUCCUUUGAAGACACCAAUAGCUGCUGGUCAUCCCUCUAUGAACCUGCUGCUGAGGAAAACGUUUGACCUCUAUGCCAAUGUGCGCCCCUGUGUGUCCAUCGAGGGCUACAAGACCCCCUACACUGAUGUGAACCUGGUCACCAUCAGGGAGAACACUGAGGGUGAAUACAGUGGAAUUGAACAUGUGAUUGUUGAUGGAGUGGUACAGAGUAUUAAGCUCAUUACAGAGCAAGCCAGCCAACGCAUUGCAGAGUAUGCGUUUGAAUAUGCCAGAAAUAAUCAAAGGGCCAGUGUUACUGCUGUUCAUAAGGCCAAUAUUAUGCGCAUGUCAGAUGGGCUUUUCCUACGAAAAUGCAGAGAGGCUGCUGAAAAGCACAAAGAUGUGAAAUUCACUGAGAUGUACUUGGAUACUGUGUGCCUUAAUAUGGUACAGGAUCCCACACAGUUUGAUGUAUUGGUGAUGCCAAAUUUGUAUGGAGACAUCUUGAGUGAUCUUUGUGCUGGACUGAUUGGAGGUCUUGGAGUGACCCCUAGUGGAAACAUUGGCGCCAAUGGUGUUGCCAUAUUUGAGUCGGUUCAUGGAACUGCCCCGGAUAUAGCAGGAAAAGACAUGGCCAACCCCACCGCCCUGCUGCUCAGUGCGGUCAUGAUGCUGCGGCACAUGGGCCUGCAUGGCCACGCCAAGAAUAUUGAAACUGCCUGCUUUGACACCAUUCGAGACAAGAAGGUUCUGACGGGAGACCUCGGAGGGAAGGCAAAGUGUUCAGAAUUCACAGAGGCAAUAUGUCAAAGAGUGCGGGAUACAGAUUAAAGGGAUGGUAAAUGGGCAGUGACUCAGCAUUUGAGUCCCCUUCUUUAAUCAUGUCAUGCUGUAUCUGCACAUUUUAACCAAAAGAUGUAUUUAAAAAAAAGACUCAGGAGUCUAUGAUCCUGACGGUUUUAUUAUUUUUUUCUCUGCACUCUUCAAAGCAUUCUCUUCAAACUCAUGACCAACAGUUACUGUAUAUGUGAUAUGUAUUUUAUUCCUAAAGUGUGGUGGAUAUUGUCUAUUUAUUGGCUGAUAUUGGCCUCUUGUCUUAUUUAUUUGACGCUGUCAUAUUGACAUUAAAGAAACAAUCCGUAACCCUCAUGAUGAUCACCUGAGGGAUACUCAAAAUGCAGAUUGCAAAUUAUUUCAUCAAUAAGGCCAAGUCUUUAAUUAUUAAUGUGAAUAUAUUUAACAUUCAUGCAAUCAGAAAAUACAGAUUGAGGCUUUAAUUAAAACAAUCAAGCAUUCUUAACAUUAAAUUAGCAGGUGUUUGCACUAA